AUGGAGGAGGCCCUGUGCAAAGCAAGGAGAGAAACACCUGAAGCUGAGUUUGAGCAGGAAGUAUUUGAUGCUGGUGACUACUUUGGGAUAAUGCAAGUAGAAGAGGUGGAUGAGGAGGAAGAAGCUGAGGAGGAACUGGAAGCACAAGUGAAAAAGAAACCAAAUCCUGGAAAUGAUUCUUGUUUCAAAGUGAUCAUAACAAAUGAGAAUGGACUUCAAGCCUCCAAUCCAGACAGCAUUUUCCUCAUUGACCACGCCUGGACGUACCGCAUCGACCAUGCCCGGCAGCAGCUGCUCCAUGUCCCCGGCUUGCUUCACAGGAUGGCAAAUCUCAUGGGGAUUGACUUCCACGGAGAGGUCCCUGACGAGGGCAGUAUAGAGCAAGUGCUGCAGGAAAUGUGGAAAUACAACCAGACCUACCAGCUUUCUCAAGGAACCGCCGAGGAGAAGGUUCCUGUGUGGUACAUUAUGGAUGAAUUUGGGUCACGCAUUCAGCAUUCGGAUCAGCCUAGCUUUGCAACAGCACCUUUAUUUUAUAUGCCUCAGCAAAUCGCAUAUACUCUUCUCUGGCCUUUGAGAGACCUGGAAACGGGUGAUGAGGUAACUCGUGACUAUGCUUAUGGGGAAACCGAUCGCUUGAUCAGGAAAUGUGUCUUGUUACCGUGGGUGCCUACUGAAGUGGUGGACGUCAGCUGUUUCACCCCAGAGCCAUCGGAUGAGCAUUACCAGGCUAUUUUAACAGAAAACAAGGAGAAAUUGCCUAUAGAAAUAAAGCCAUCGGUUUAUGCCGAAGACAAAGUUUUCAAAGUUUUCACAGAUGUUCAGCAGUUCCUCAACAACCUGACACAUCCCCGCUUCGUGUUCACAGACAGCGAGGGAGAAGCAGACAUUCUCUUCAACUUCUCACACUUCAAAGACUACAGGAAGCUAAGUGAGGAGAGGCCUGAGGUGAUGCUGAAUCAGUUCCCCUGCGAGAACCUCCUGACUGUCAAGGAUUGCCUGGCGUCCGUGUCCAGACGGGCUGGGGGAGCAGACGGGCCCAGGUGGCUGCCUCGGACUUUCAACCUCCAGACCGAAUUGCCCCAGUUCAUCAGCUACUUCCAGCAGCGCGAGAGGAGAGGAGAAGACAAUCACUGGAUAUGCAAGCCGUGGAACUUGGCCAGAAGCCUGGACACCCACAUCACCAACAGCCUUAACAAUAUCAUCAGGAACAGGGAAAGCAGCCCCAAGGUAGUUUGCAAAUAUAUUGAGAAUCCAGUCUUGUUUCACCGAGAAGAUGUGGGAAUGGUGAAAUUUGACAUCCGUUAUGUUGUCUUGUUGCGGUCCAUAAAACCACUCAAGCUGUAUGUCUAUGAUGUGUUUUGGCUGCGCUUUUCAAACAGGGCAUUUUCACUUGAUGACUUGCAUGACUAUGAGAAGCAUUUCACUGUCAUGAACUAUACUCCUGGUGUAACAUUAAAACAGGUACACUGUGAAGAGUUUAUUCCUCUUUUUGAAAAACAAUAUCCAGAAUAUCCAUGGACAACAGUACAAGCAGAUAUUUUUAAGGCAUUUGCUGAAUUGUUCCAAGUUGCUUCAGCUAAACCUGCACCUCUUGGGAUCUGCGAUUAUCCAUCAUCGAGAGCAAUAUAUGCCGUUGAUUUGAUGCUCAAGUGGGACGUCAGCAGAGACGGAAAAAAAAUUAUGCAGCCUCAGAUCCUGGAGGUGAACUUCAAUCCUGACUGUGACAGAGCCUGCAAGUACCACCCUACCUUUUUUAAUGAUGUCUUCAGCACCCUGUUUCUGGAUGAAGUAGACAACUGCCAUGUGACAUGUAUUGUCUAGGCAAGGAGGCUUGGCUCCGUAAAUGGUUUCCUUUCCAAGAUGUGCUUAACAGCAAUACUUAUGUCAGUUCUAUGAGCUGCUUAUGCAAAUAUCCUCCUAUACUGGUAACCCAGGAAAAAAAAAAGUGAUAUCAGAAGAAUAUGCAUAACUAUACACUGUAUUGAUAAUCAUUUUGUCUGCAUUUUCCUUAUCUUGCUUAGUUUUAUAUCACCAAUCUGUGUUGACCAAAUGUCUUGUUUUAUGGAAUAUGGGAGACCACAAAAUAGAACGGUAACUGGAACAAUUGGCUUGUUUCUCAGGUAGCCUAACUCAUUUGCUGGGAAACAUUGUACAGCUUCUCUCUGUCGACAUUAAAAUUAUAAUUUACUGAAUCA